CCAUUCUUCUCCUUGUCCAUUUCUUUUGCUUUUCCCUAUUUUCUAUCCCUCAACCUCUUUCUUCAGUUUCAAUACAGCGUCGUUCCACCUGCUUCUGAUCUCUAGUGGCUUAAUUAUCAGCCUAGGAGUUGAGGGGGCCUAGAAGAGUUUCAGAUCUUCAUUGAUGAUUCACUGAUAACAUUGAAGGAAAUGAUAAAUAGCUUUGUGUAUCAUUAUUGGGUUUGAAGAAUUACCAAUUUUGGGUUUUAGUGGUGUUUGCUGCGGUGUUUCAUUAAUAACUCUGAAAUGAGGUUCUAAAUGCUGUUGCAAAGACUUUUAUGACUGUUGAAAGGCUGGACAUUGAAGGGUGUUUGAUUAUGUCUUUGCAGUAGUCACUCUAAAAUAGUUAUAUCAUGCUUGCGGUUAUCAUAGUUCAGUUGUUGCUAGAGAAGUCUGGUCUGUAAACGAUAAAUGCUGUUGAGGUUCAUGUAGAUAGUGUGCAUGGAAUGUAUGGAUAUCCCUUAGAUCUGGCUGAAAGAAGAUUAUUGCCAUAAAUUCAUGACAGAAUUGAGCGUUUUCUGUGCCAAAUAUGUUCUGAAAAGGCUUUGCCAAACUUAUUUCUGGACUUCGGGAGUUUUACAUGCAUAGAUGUAAAAGAUAGAAAUUUGGUCCUUCUCGAGUGGCUUCCAGAAAAGCUACAAUAGAUAUGACGAGACUACUACGAAUGUGCAUGGUCUUUCUGCUCUUCAGAAUUAAAUGGAGAAAAUUGAUAGUUGUCUGUUCAGUUCUUACCAUAGUUAGUGUUUUGAUACAGAUUUCUAAACUUCCUUAUCCACUGACUGAAACAAAUUCCCCUCCAGACUCUGCAUUUUCAUGGUACAAGCCCACGAAUACUGCAGCGAAUUUAGAUAGAAGUUGGUCAUUGGCAGUGGGUGUGCAUCUCAAAUCUUUUCAAAAUACACCGGCAAUUGUUCCACUUAAUUCUUCUGCCGAACUUGAUAGAUCCUUGGUAAUUCCUAGCAAGACUAUUAGAGCAUCUCGGCAGAGAAGGAAUAAUAGUAUAAAUUUGUUCACCCUCUCCCCACCAUCUCCACCUCAGACGGUUACAAAACUCCCCCACGAGUUGGAGAGAUACUUAUCGUCGUUGACACCAGAUGAAACACUUGCAUUAGUUAAAAGAGAUAUUGAGAACUCCUCACUCGCUAGAGAUGAUGAUCCUGAAUUAUAUGCCCCCCUGUUCCGCAAUAUUUCCACUUUCAAGAGGAGCUACGAGUGGAUGGAGCAGUUGAUGAAAAUUUACAUAUAUCGAGAUGGAGAACGACCUAUUUUUCAUCACCCUAAACUUACUGGAAUUUAUGCAUCUGAGGGAUGGUUCAUGAAGUUGAUCGAAGCAAGCAGUCAAUUUGUAACAAAGGACCCAGGAAAGGCUCACUUGUUCUAUCUUCCAUAUAGUGCACGUCAGUUACAAUUGGCUCUUUAUGUUCCAGAUUCACAUAAUAUGCAGCCAUUGUCUAUCUUUCUGCGUGACUAUGUGAACAUGCUUGCUGCAAAGUAUCCAUUCUGGAACCGGACCCAUGGAACUGAUCAUUUCCUUGUUGCUUGCCAUGAUUGGGGACCGUAUACUCUAAAGGAGCAUGAUGAGCUUAUACAAAACACCAUUAAAGUUCUGUGCAAUGCAGAUGUAUCUGAAGGGAUAUUUAAAGCUGGAAAGGAUGUAUCCCUGCCAGAAACGACCAUAAGGAAUCCUAGAAGGCCUCGCAGAGCCAUUGGUGGAAGAAGAGUGUCGCAGCGGCCAAUUCUUGCCUUCUUUGCUGGAUAUGAUCAUGGUAGGGUACGUCCAAUACUAUUGAAGCACUGGUUUGACAAAGACGAGGACAUGAGGAUUUACGGACCUCUACCUGCAAAGGUAGCAAAAAAAAUGUCAUAUCUCACGCACAUGAAAUCGAGCAAAUAUUGCCUUUGUCCCAUGGGCUAUGAGGUGAACAGCCCCAGAAUUGUUGAAGCAAUAUACUAUGAGUGUGUUCCGGUGAUUAUUGCCGACAAUUUUGUCCCUCCACUCAACGAGGAUCUCAAUUGGGAAGCCUUCUCUGUCACUGUUUUUGAGAAGGACAUUCCCAAGCUAAAAGAGAUCCUCUUAGCAAUCCCUAUGGAGAAGUACCUCACUUUGCAAACCAAUGUGAAAAUGUUGCAGAAGCAUUUCCUCUGGAAUGCGAAACCCGUUCCGUACGAUCUCUUCCACAUGAUUCUGCAUUCAAUAUGGUCUAGCAGGCUAAAACAGAUUCAGUUACAACAACCGCAGUAGGGUAGGUUAGUCUUAUUUUGUAUUGCUUCAUUCUGGUCAAUGAUUUUUUUUCAAGAAAUUGGUGCAUUGAGACACGUCUAGAUCGAAGAAAAUAAAAGAAAACUGCAUUCAAUCA